AUGCUCACGGCAACCGCCGGGAUAUUUGGGUUUGGCCUUGCUGGGGCCGGGCUACAGCAACCGCCACAAAAGGCCACUUACAAGCUUUUUGAUAGCAAAGUCCCGAGCCCACAAUAUGCAUCAAUGGGCCAGAUGGAAGCCGCAUUGGAGGAGAUCCGCCGCGACAUCGGUACAGAUGGUGAAGAUAUCAUAUCCAUAGAUCCAGAAGAUCUGCAUGCUCAUGGGUACUCUGAAUGGUCGUCUACCAACCCCGAUGGUCUGCCCGUCGCCGUGGCAUAUCCUCGGUCUACAGACCAAGUCUCCACCAUUGCCAGGAUAUGCCAUAAGUACCGGAUACCCAUAAUCCCUUAUUCAGGCGGUUCGAGCCUUGAAGGGAACUUCUCUGCUCCUUAUGGCGGCAUCAGCGUCGACUUCGCCUACAUGGACCAGAUCGUCCAGUUCAACAAGGAUGAUAUGGAUAUUGUUGUUCAGCCUAGCAUCGGAUGGCAAGACCUCAAUGAGCAAUUGGCCAAGAUGGAAAGCGGGCUCUUCUUUCCAAUCGAUCCAGGCCCGAGUGCAAAGAUUGGUGGUAUGGUUGGAACUAAUUGCUCGGGGACAAAUGCUGUCAAAUAUGGUACCAUGAAGGACUGGGUUAUCAACUUAACUGUCGUCCUUGCCGAUGCAACCCUCAAGCUGGCCGUUGUACCCGAGGAUCUUUCCGUCGCUGUGGUCACUUUCCCAAGCAUCCGUGAUGCUGCUUCCGCUGCUGCUGAGGUUAUGCAGACUGGCGUACCAGUUGCUGCAAUGGAGAUCAUGGACGAGGUGCAGAUGAAAGUUGUGAACCUUGGAGGCGCCACUGCUCCGCGGGUGUGGAAGGAGGUUCCCACCUUAUUCUUCAAGUUCUCGGGCACGAAGGCUAGCGUUCAAGAACAUAUCAGUCUAGUGCAGCGGAUAACAAAAGGACACAAGGGGAGCAAUUUUGAGUUCGCCAAGGACCAGCGAGAACAGAAGCUACUGUGGUCGGCCCGAAAGGAGUCGUUGUGGUCUAUGUUGGCCUUGAGGAAAGAUGGCGAGGAAGUUUGGAGUACGGACGUUGCUGUCCCGUUCAGCCGUCUGGCGGACAUCAUCGAGGUUAGCAAGAAGGAGAUGGACGAUCUCGGGCUCUUCGCCAGUAUUCUCGGUCAUAUCGGCGACGGCAACUUCCACGAGAGCAUCAUCUACAACCGAAAGAAGAAGGACGAGCGCGAGAAGGUUGAGGUUUGCGUAAAGAACAUGGUCAAACGAGCCCUGGAGAUGGAGGGCACUUGCACGGGAGAACACUCGAUCGGCUGGGGCAAAAAGGAGUCCCUCCUUUGGGAGGUCGGGCCCGAGACCCUGGCCGUCAUGAGCGCGAUCAAGCAGGCGCUGGAUCCACGUUGGAUCAUGAAUCCGGGCAAGAUCAUGGAUCUGCCAUGA